AUGUCACUAAAGCUCAUCUGCUUCUUCCUCUGCACCCUGAUUGCACCACAUCUCACGGGAAUUUUAGGUGAAGAAGCUUUGCUGACAGCACCGCAGAACAUCUCCAUUCUUUCUACCAACAUGAAACACUUCUUAACUUGGAGUCCUGUGAUCAUCCAGGGAGAAACUGUGAGAUACUCAGUUGAGUUUCAGGGGGAGUAUGAGCGAGUGUACGCCAACGAGAGCUGGAUCCCCAUCUCCGAGUGCUCCCUCAUCACAGCCACGCUGUGUAACAUCACAGAGGACAUCUCAGCCACCGUGGCCUAUAACCUGAGGGUGAGGGCAGCUCUUGGUGCCAGGAGGUCAGAGUGGGGCACCCUGAAAGGCUUCUUCAAUCGCAACACCACUUCCCUCACCCCCCCUGUGAUGAAGGUCAUAGCAGAUGGGUAUCAUUUACUAGUGGAGCUGGAAGACAUGGGGCCUGCCUUUCAGUUCUGUGUUCUCUACUGGAAGAAGGGCCAGGAAAGCAGGAUGCAGCAGAAGCUGGUGAGAGAGGUCAGCUCUGUGGUUCACCUGGACACCAUGGAGGCAGGAGCUGAGUACUGUGCAAAGGCUCAGUCGUACGUCGAGGCCAUCAACAGGAGCAGCAGCUUCAGCCAGACCCAGUGUGUGAGAGCCCAGGGUGACACAUCCAUGUGGCUGGUUACUGCCCUCAUCUCCUCUGCUGGCUUUGCUGUGGCUGCUUUAACCCUGCCUUUCCUCACCUGGAAAACAAGUAAAAUCUUUCAGUACUCCUGCUGCCCUGUUGCUGUCCUGCCAGACACACUGAAAGUAUCAGAGCCCUCCACCCAGUUGAUCCUGUGUGGCAGUGAAGAGGCUGAGCAGUGUGAUCUGACAGUGGUUGUGAUGCCCUCAGAAGAAGUUCUCCGACUGUGGCUACAAGAAACACUUUAGAGCAGCCCAGAAAACAAACAGCCUCUUUGCAGCAUCUUCAUCCAUCUGCAUCAAAAGCAAGUAGAGGUGACAGCUGCCAGUUCUAUGCCUCCCCUUCACAUCCUUACCCAGGAGCAGACAUGAGGUAACUCGGUUCCCUUUCUCACAUGGGUGGUCCCAAGGCAGAGCUCACCCUUCACCCACCAGGAUUUCACCAGAGCAAUGCAUUUGGAGCCCAGUGCCUUAGUUCCAAACCAUUUCAGCCUCAGUGUUUUGCCUUAGUAAGAGCUUCUUACAUUGCAAAACCAGCUGGGAUGAGCAGGGAAAAAAAUGUUUUUAGUGCUGCAGGCCUUGAGCUGAGGUGACACUCAUUGGAAAGGGUGUUGGCAGUGACGGAAUCCUGAAUUGCUGCGUGUGACAGAUAACAAUGUAUGGUGCCACCAAAACUUACAGACAGUGCCAUGAGGGAUGACUGGAUUUCACCAGUACUUAGGAGCAAGUGAUGUGAGAAACAUCCAGACUUCAGAGCUGGUUGCAGGGAGUGAUGAGAACAUUUUGGGUGCAGACCUUUGCAAGAGCAGCAGUGUCACUAACAAUGUAUAGGUCCACGAUCACCCAGUCAAAAAUAGGAAAGCUGUGUAUGAGUGAAGGAAAAACUAGGACCUUCAGAAAAAAUAUAAUUAGGAAUUAACUGUUUCAGUGAGAGGAAGUGCAGGAAAACAGGGAAAAGAUUGAGAA